GUUAGCUUCUCCCAUCCACGUCAAAGUUGUCAGUUGUUUUGUGAAUUUGUAAAUAUAAACACGUGUUUGUAGGAAAAAUGAAAAUAGAAAAUUUAUACACUUCUGCAGCUUGCAACAGGACAUCAAAUGCCGUAGACUGGAAUGUCUCGUUGAAUAUAAUUGCUUUUGGAAAUUACAAUAGUGUGUCAUUGGCUCGUGAUCAGGGUGGCAGCUGGCAAAUAUUUAGGACCCUUUGUGGUCACCAGGGUAAAGUGUGCGCCUUGAAAUGGGUGAAAGGGUCAUGCGAAAAUACAUUCAGUUUGGUAUCUGCAUCUGAUGAUGGAACUAUGAUACUAUGGACCUUCCGGAAUUUGGAAGAUAUUCCGAUAUCCACGGUGCUGGAUAGUGGGAAAAAAUGUGGUAUUUCCAAUGUAGAUGCACUCAUUGAUCAGACUGGGCAGUUGACAAUUGUAGGUGGGCUCAAGGAUUCCUUCGUGGAAGUUUGGAAAAAACAAAAUGAUGUGGUAGAUCUCAGGGAAACGCUGAAUUUGGGCAAAAGUUUUUGUUUAGCUGUUAGAAUAACGGAAUUCCUCACUGGAGGAAGUAAUAUGCUCCUUGUGGGAACCAGUGAGAAUAAAAUCAAUCUAUAUGUAGAUUCCAUUGACGAUGAGAAAAAUUUCUUUCAACUAAAGAAGACUCUUGUAGGACACGUUGAUUGGAUUCGAGGAAUUGACACGGCAAUUGAUGGUAAAGAGAUAGUAAUAGCCACAUCUUCUCAGGAUAAUUAUAUUCGUUUGUGGCGUGUAUCGGAUUUCCAAGCGCCUCUGGUUAAUGGUAUCGAAGAGGGAUCCAGUAACAUUGAGAAACUCAAGUUUCUCCACAACGCAAAUACUUUCCAAGUAGUUCUGGAAUCUGUGCUUAAGGGACAUGAAGGAUGGGUUUGUAGUGUGCAACUCGGGAGGAAUUCUCAGGGAAGUCUUCAACUUCUGUCGGCAUCCAUUGACAAAUCCGUGGUGAUUUGGACACAAUCCAAUGGAUUGUGGCUGGAAGAUGUUCGUCUUGGUGAUUUAGGAGGGAAUCAAAUGGGCUUUCUAACUGGACAAUUCGGAAAGGAUUGCAAUUCAGUUCUCACUCACAAUUACCAAGGAUGCCUACAAAUGUGGCGAAAAAAUUCUGAUGAUCAAAAUUGGAGCGUCACGUGUACCUUUGGGGGGCAUUUUGGGGCUGUGAGGGAUAUUGCUUGGGAGCCACUUGGUGAAUAUCUCUUAUCCGUAUCUGCAGAUCAGACUACUCGAAUUCACGGUCAAUGGAAGCAUGAUAAUUUCACGACGUGGCAUGAAAUAGCUCGCCCACAGAUUCAUGGAUACGAUCUUCAGGCUAUUGCGCCUCUUUCACGUUUCAAAUUCGUGUCAGCUGCUGAAGAAAAAAUCAUCCGUUGCUUUCAGGCACCCACGUCUUUUGGGAAAAAUUUUCAGGCAAUUUGUCAGCCCUGUGUUGAUGAUGAACUUCAAAAUUUGCUAUCUAGCAAUGUUGCUGGGGUGACUAUAUCAGCCCUGGGACUGUCAGCACAGGCACCGGAUACUGAGGCUGUGGUCAAAGUAGAUGAAGAUCUCCAAAGUCCACCGACGGAUGAAUAUCUCAAACAAAACUCCCUCUGGGUAGAAUUUCAGAAACUCUAUGGCCAUGGAUAUGACGUAUAUGCUCUGGCUGUGAGUCCAGAUGGCAAAAUCCUAGCAUCAUCCUGCAAAGCAAACAAUUCCGAACAUGCCAAAGUAAUUCUCUGGGACACAAACACCUGGCAUCCAAUGCAGGAUCUUCAUGCUCAUCAACUCACCGUAACACAAAUUCGUUUUUCACCAGACAAUCUUAAGGUCCUCCUUGUGUCACGUGAUCGACGAUUCAGUGUCUUUGAAAAACUCCCGACAGAUCCUGGAAAAUUUACUUGCACAGCCAUCAGUGACAAAACAAAUGGGAUUCACACGAGAAUUAUUUGGUGUUGUGGAUGGUCCCAUGACUCCAAGGUAUUCGCAACAGGAUCACGGGAUGGAAAGCUUGUUAUUUGGGAAAAAACAAACUGUGAUAAUGGUUCACUAGGUCUUUACAACACGACGGCUCUUCACACUUUUAAAGAUGACUCCAUCACAGCUCUAGACUUUGCUGGGCAUUUUGUGAUGGAAAAAUUGUUUGUGGCUGUAGGUUUUGAAUCGGGAAAAAUCACCCUGUGUUCUUUGGCUAACAAUUUGGAAGUUCUUCAUUCAAUUGAUAAUUCAAACGCCCACAGUUUAACAGUGAAGAGUUUAAGAUUUCGGCCAGGAAAGAAUCUCCAACUUGCAAGCUGCGGCGAUGAUUAUUUGGUAAGAAUAUUCAAUAUUGAGGCGUUUUUGUAAAAGAAAUAAACUCUUAAAUAGAAUGAGAUUUUUA